UGAAAAUUAUCGAUAUUUUAUCGACUCGAUACAGUAAAAGGAAGUUCGCAAUGCGCAGUACCCUUUAACCAGUUACCGUUACAAGGACAACCGAACCGUUUCAGUGAGAUGAAACUCACUCUCCGGUCUCUGGGGAGCAGCGCCGAGCAGAGAGAGAGAGAGAGAGAGAGAGAGAAUUGAUGCGCUGCCUCAGAUUCCGUCGAACGAGUGAGAAAAAAGUUGCAGAACUCGGCAGUGAGUUGCAUGUUACCUGUACAAUGUACAUGGCAUAAAUCCCAGCUUUAUUAAAUUCUGCUGUUUCCCAGGUAAAUACUUAUUUUAAUGGGACUGUCAUCGCUUUCUCUUUAGUUUCCUUGUGCUACUGCCAAGCGCUUGUCCGUUUGGUUCUGUCACGCAUCAAGGACCAUGCAAAUGCGAGCAUGUGUGGUGCAAUUACUUAAAUAAUGUGUGGUGGAUCUCGACUUCAUCGUCCCCUCGUAGCUCAGCGAGUCCCCGAAACAAUCCAUGCUUGUCAAGGGGUUUCUCGUUCUCUGGCCAAAAAAGGGAAAAGCUCAUCUGCCAUUUCUGCUCUUCUGAAGCCGCAUUUUGCUCUUCGUUUAAAGAUCUGUAUUCUCAUUGUGAUUUAAGCAGGGUGCAGAAGAGUUGAUGAAUCUUGUACAAGCUCCUUCAAUGCAGAUCUGAUCUUGACCAGCACGAUAAAUGUGAAGGAUCCCAGGUGGAUAUAACUCAGAGCUAUAAGUAAACAUCUGAUCUACUGAGAGAGAGAGAGAGAGAGAGAGAGAGAGAGAGAGAGAGAGAAUGAAAUCUCCUGUAGAAGAUAAGAGCUGCUACAGUCAGGGACCAACGCCGGAGAUCUCAAAUGGUAGUUCCAUGGGCUUCGAGUUUCACCGGGCGAAUGGAACCAAUCGAGCUUCCCAUCAUCAUCGGACCGCUCUAGGCAAACCGACCCCGUCCAAAUGGGAUGAUGCGCAGAAAUGGCUGGUCGGGAUUUCAAGAGUGGGAGGAGACAAGAACCAAUCGAAAACCAAACCGAGAAACUCCAACGCUGACGACCGGAGAUUGAUUGCCCCGGUCCCGCCCGAGCAGGAAUAUCCCAGCGAUGAGGAUGAAUGCGAGUUAGAGCAAAAUGGAGGCAUGGACCAUGGAAUGGCAGGUCACUAUGAAGUGGAGACGAAGAAGGUGGAGUGCGAUGAGUCCAUCUGGCGGAUCAAUAAGCCGGUGCAGAAUUGCACGCCAGCUGUACGAUCAGUAUGCGUGAGGGACAUGGGGACUGAUAUGACCCCGAUCGCGAGCCAGGAGCCAUCCAGGACCGCUACUCCAAUCAGAGCCACAACUCCUGCCGCUCGAAGCCCCAUCAAUUCGGGAUCUUCUACUCCCGUCAGGUGUCAACAUGGGGUUGCGUCGAUGGAAGGCAGAGGUGGGGUCGCUCCUUCUGCGAACGGUCCACGCGUGAUCGGUGCCCGUAUGCAAGGUGCGCGUGCUUGUGAGCUGACUGGGAACAUAAGUUUGGAUCAGGCAAAGAAGUUGAGUCCUCUGGAAUCGCGAGCAGUGGCUUGGGACGAGGCGGAGCGCGCCAAGUACAUGGCCAGGUAUAAGCGCGAGGAGGUAAAGAUACAAGCCUGGGAAAAUCACGAGAAAAGGAAAGCUGAAAUGCAAAUGAAAAAGAUGGAGGUCAAGGCCGAGAGAUUGAAAGCCCGCGCGCAGGAGAAACUAGCAAACAAACUCGCUUCCACGAUGAGAAUAGCGGAAGAGAAGCGAGCAAAUGCGGAGGCUAAGCUGAAUGAGAAAGCCGUGAGGACGUUGGAGACGGCAGACUACAUAAGGAGGACUGGUCACUUGCCCUCUUCGUUCUCGCUCAAGCUUCCUUCCUUUUGCUGGUAGAGCUUUAGCAAUGUAUCUACGUCCUAAAAUUUUUUCCAAAAGAGAAAUGGUUAUUUGCACGUCUCAUUAGUUUAUGCGAAACUUCAUGGAUUCAAGAUUAGAGUAAUGGUGAUUGUUCCUGUCA